CAUUGGCACUCAGCAGAUAUUAUAUAAUGAUAGGCACAAACACCUGUUCUCCUUAUUUAUAAAACCACGUUACCUCCCCACCCCUAGGCAAUGGUCUAGUCUGCAUAAGGAAGUUGUUCUUCCCUUCGCAAAAGGGCCAAAAAGUAGAAACCGUACAGCCGUAAGGAUACAAGGACUUAAAGCGUGAGAAUGUAUAUUUUAAAAUCCGCGACAUCGCUACUUAUCAGUACAGGGGAGCUUUCAUGCUAAAUGGCGGCAAGCUGGAGACGCCCGGGCCCGCUGUGGCCGUGGCUGCUCACCACUGUCCUCUGUACCGCGUCGGCUGCAAGUCUGGUGAACUACAAGCCGGGAUCUCGGUAUGACUACGACUACAGGGCCUCAACAGUCGUGCAGCACGUCAGCCAGGUGGCCACAAAGGCGCAGUUCAGCGUCAUUCCCGUACGCAAUGAUGAAGAAAAUAACACCAUCUGCGAUCUAGUGGUGAACAACGUCGCUCAAGAGAUAACACAAAGAGAUGGAAACCAAGCUGUAUUUGAUGACCUGGACUACUCCAAAAGGUUCCUGUUCACUGUGACGAAGAACGGCGAGGUUGUGCGCGUGUACCAUCCACACGAUGAGCAUCAUCACGUGUUGGGCACCAAGAAGGUCCUGGUGGGCGUUCUGUCCGCACGCCUGCACACUACACCUCAGACCAUGACUCACGGCAAACCCUGGUCCUACAGCGUGAAAGAAACUGGACAUGAAGGUGAAGAUGACCUUUCCUACGUAGGCAAGGUCACUCCGGAGGGCAUCAUGUUCACCAGGACACGACACGGUCACGUGGUGCGCAACGCUAAGGCCAAGCACGAGAAGCAAAUUCUUUACCACCAUGCAUAUGAAGUUCCUCAGACGGUCCAGCUGACGGAAAUGUUUACUUCACCCCAACACAACACCCCAGGAUACAAUCCCAACGCUGGUAUACCAGGAGAUCCGGCGAAGCUGCAAGCGCUUCAGGACGAAGACUACGAUAUGCCACCGAUGACAGCUGAAUCUGACGGGCACCUGAAGCUCCUACAGGUCAUACCAGCCAACAGCCGGGACGCAUACGAAGGAAUUCCUACAAGUUUCAAACAUGGGUCCCUUGUGAUAGAUGAGCCACCAGUACGUAUCAUAGCGCUGGAUGACCAAGAAGACGCCAUCGUUGGUAACCUGACUUGUAUGAGAACUGUCAGGCCAAAAGAAUCGCAGGAAAGGAUCACAUGUUUCCGCCACAUCGUGGACGCCCUGCUUCACCUCUCGCCGGAGAACCUCACAAGAGUGGCCGACACCUACAUAGCGAUCAACGCGACAUCUGAUGACGACAUAGAGAACCGUGACGCCAUCGCUGACGCACUGGGUGCCAUGGCAACCAACGACUCCCUGACCCUGCUGACCAGACUGGUCCUGACGCCGCGGCAGAAGGACGCUAAUCUGACCCUGAGGGCGCUUUUCCACUUCUUCGCGCUGGAACGUCCGCCACCGCAGAUCAGCAUCGAGACUGUGGAGAACAUGUGCUUCAAGUGGAGAAUGGAAUUUGACGACGAGGAGGAGGGGCUACACGUGUGGACCAGGGCACACCUGCUACUCGGGACUCUGGCGGGAAACAUCCACGCCACCGACCCCGCACGGGCAGACAAGAUCAUAGACCGGCUACAUGGGAUGGUGGAGAUUCACGAUCCCUGGAAGCACCGGCAACUGAGAUCCACCCUGACAGAAGAUGAGUACAACAGUCACCUACACGAGAAGGCGACCUACCUGGGCGCCCUGGGAAACGCUGGGAUGGACAGGUCCUAUGACCUCCUCCUGUCCUACAUGAACACUACUGAAGCACCCUCCGAGCUGAAGAGAACCAGCCUGACCGCACUGAAAAGCUAUGACCAUGAGAAGGCAGCAGAGGAGAUCCUCCGUGUAGCAAUAGAAGACCCUGACAGCAACGUGCGGUACGCAGCAGCUCUGGACUACCUGGGCCACCCACAGGCCUCCAAACUGUGGGAGGUUCAGCAACAAAUCAACAACAGUUACACGAACCAGACGGCCAUAGCAGAAGGACGGGAAAAGAGGGGUCUGGCUGGUGUUAGAAACGUGCUGGAAAAGUUGUUUAAAGGUUUCGACUUCAAACUGGAGACGCCGAGUUACGACUGGCACAAGCGGAUCGGUUCCAGCCAGAUCGGCGCAUCUAUGGGAAUCGUCAUUCGGAACAUGAUGGAACUGAUUCUGAAACCGUUGAAGGGCAAGUUCGAGGUUGACGUUCUGGACCAGGCGUACGCGAAGAUACACGUGGGGCUAAUCGGCAUCGACUGGACAUUCCUGGACGCGAGGGUCUGUUUCAAAGGAAAGGCGGGAUACGAAGUCAACAUUUUCCAGGAGUUCAACUUCGAUGAGGUUUUCAAACUGGUUAAACUGUUUGACGGCGUGAUCAACAAGGUCGUUGGAAAUGUGAAGAACAACAUCAUUCGUUUCAAGAAACUUCUGGGAAGUACGACGGGCUCCAUAGACGGCAUCUUCAAGGACAUCGUGGACGCGGCGGAGAACCUUCCCAACCAGGUGCGUGAGUUCAAAGCCAAGGCCAAAGAGUUCAUCAAGAAGGUCGGGGAGUACAUCAACCUGCCGCCAGCCGUGGAGAACGUCAAACAAGUGGUCCACCGGGUCAGCACGCUCAUCAGUGACGUCAAGGCUGACGUCAUGGAGUUCUACAAUUCCAUCUCCGAUGCCGUUACCAUCACCCUGCCGUGGGCUGCCGAACAGAUCGAGAGCGGGGUGAAGAUGGUGGUCUCCUCCGUCGGGAAACUCAUCAAGUCACCAAAGACGGCUAUUGAAGAUAUCUUCAAAGGGAUCACGAUGAUCAAGUCUGCUGUGACCGGAGUCCUCAAGGCAAAGGAGCGUAUCGAAAAGGCUCUCUUGUUCAAGGAAGACAAGACGCUCCACUGGAUGAACCUAAAGGACGAACUCUCACAGAUAUCCGAUGACAUCUCUACUGCGCUGAGCUCCAUGCGGGACAUGAACAACUGGGUGGUGCAGCAAGCGGAGUCCAACGACUUCAACAAACGUUUCUUUGGAGUCGACAUCAAAGCACUGAAAGAACAGAUAAAGACAGAGUUCAGUGACUUGUUGGACGGACUCCUCGGUCCCCUGAACAAAGUGCGCCAGGUUCCCAACAUGUUCCUGAAUGCGUACAAGGAGACAGCUGAGAUCAUCAAGUCCAUCAAGGAAGGCUACACGGCAAUCAAAAACGGUUACGACGAGGCAAAGUCUCUGAUUGAGCAAAUCUUCGGCGCCAAGGCUGACCAAGAUUUCCCCAGAAAGUACCUGGAGUCGGGCUCUUGCGGGGACGGCUUCUACCCUAGCACUGGCUCAGGGCGUUACGAACAUCAAGGGGUGCUUCUAGAGGCAGCCGUCGGGCGCGAAAUUGGCGCUCCCUUUUCGGGAAUUAUAAAAAGGUCCGGCGACAACCAGGUGACAAUCACGACGGAUUCGAUGGAGAAACUAGAAGUCAUCAUCAACAACGUGGAUCUCAUACCUGAGAAGGAGCUGAAACGAGUCUUCAAGGGAACCCUGAUUGGCACAGUGUCGUCCUCCGCCUGCCAGCCUAACCACAUCCACCUGGCGAUCAGGAACACGGAGUCCGGAGGUCUGGUGGACCCCACACGCUUCAUGGAGAAGAGAGACAUGGUGGUCCCGAGCUGGGAACAGGAAUGUGGGGACUGGAACCUGGUAUUCAAGAACGAAGUCGUUUCCAGAGGGAAGUUUGGAAAAUCAAAAGAAGAGGACAAAUCACCAGCAAGAGUGGAACCGGACAUUUCUGAUCUCGCCACGGAGUUCUCCGACGUCAACGAAAGAAAGAAAAGGGACGUUGGAGAAUGGUUUGGCCAAGCAAAGGAUUUUGUCAGCAGUCUGGACCUUCCCGACUUGAAGGAGACUGUCUCGCUGCUCGACUUUGACUUUGACUUCCGGAAUCUGAAACUCUCCAAAGUGUUCGAGUUCAUGACGUCUUCUGGACUGACGGAUACCAAGGCCAGGCUUGAACAGACAGUGGAGGGGCUUCUGGACACUCUUAACCAAGAGAAGACGUCCUGCCAAGUACCAGAUACACUCGAUACCUCCGCACUGAGGAGAAUUCUGCGCGACGGAGGGAACCCCGCCACCGGUUCCAGAACCACGCUGCUCAAGAACUACAGGACACCUGAAAACCGAUGUCCCAACUUAAGAGAGUAUCUACCCAAGAACAUGCACUGUUUCUUCGAGGACAACUGUCUAGGCGUGACCUGCUGUGUGGAGCUGAACCUUGCCUUCACCAGACAGACCGUCAGUGCCUUCGCCAUGAUGGACCCAUGUAGCAAGCAGUUGACGCUAGGAUUGGGGUCAUGGAAGAAGACUUUCGACAUCAGCGGCCCCAGAUUCGCGGCUGAGGAUAUUGGACCAAUAGAAGGAAACCUGCAGAUUCUCGACCUCGCGCAAGUGGUCUUCAAGUACAAAAUGGUCGCGAUUCCAGAUGGAGUGGAGCUUACCUUCCAAGUAACGCUGUGCUCCGUACGUGACGACCUGUGCCUUCCCUACCAGAGCAUCUUUAGUAGGACCAGACUUCAGCUGGGCACCUGCCAAACAACAGCGCUGGCACCGUCUGGGAGAAAGAGAAGCAUUGCGGAUUUGGAGAAGUUCUCACUAGGCGACAUUGAGAAGCUGAUUGAUGAAGUCAGUAUGACUGCAGAUGAGGUCACGAAGGUCAUCAAGGAACUGCGAACACUUUAUCGUGAUAUGGCUAUAGACGCCAUUGACAAAACUCUUCACAAAGUCUUCAAGGACCAGUUCACAGCUCUGGACAAGUUUCUGACGUUCAAAAUUCCAUUCGGGCCAAUGGACGUGAGCUUCUUCGAGUACCAAGUCUAUUUCAUGCUUGGACCGAUUCCCAUGGUUUUCCGUUUCGGAGCUGGAGGGAGCUUUGGCCUGAUAUUCUCCACAGACGUGAAACUGCUUUCAAUGAAAGCCGCUGUAAGAGUGACGCCCACUGUGGGCGCCCAGGUCUGGGGUAGUCUUGGCAUUUGGCUCGGUCUUUUCGAGGGGAGGCUCCUAAUGAGAGGCUACAUCAUGACCACGUCUUUUCCCUGCACGGCGGAACUACAGUUCACCAAGUUUCCCUUGGAUGUGGGGAUCCGAAUGGACAUGAACUUGGUUCCCCUGAGGCUGGAGCUCCGUGGUAUCCUGGAGCUGACCAUACCCCUGAUCUUCAAAACCAUAAGAAAAACCCUGAUCAACAAACUGAUCUGGCAGUACUCCACUCCGACAAUCCACGCCACGAUAUUCGCCAUCAACUCAGACGAACCGGAUAAAUCGCCUCCUGACUUCAAGGUUUAUUCAGAUCCGUUUGAAGAAGGCGUGGAGGAACGAGCUGCCCAGACGACCACCAACUGCAUCGUGAAGCAGCAGUACGGGCGGGACUACACGGAGCCGGCCUUCCUGCUGGAGCUGGCCGUGGAUGACGACAGGAGCGAGGUGGAUCUCACCUACUCCGUCGGCGUCACCAGGGGAGGCAGCGACCAGGUGCUGAAUCAGCCGCUGGGAGGUUUCACAACCAUAGUGGCACAGACCUCCCUGGUCACGUGUGAGCUGCCGACCUAUGACGUCACGCUGCCAGGGGGCAGGGUCACUCCCGACUUCCUCUCCACCAGCCAUCCCGGCAUCCUUCGCGCGUCAGCUGUCGCCUUGGACGACGCAGCUCUAGUAAACCAAAAGGAAGCGGUGGGGUUUGGACGGAAGGUGUACGGUGACCAGGUCGUCUCCUGGAGGGACAUCGAAAUCAGCAAAAUCCAAGUGGACAUCAGCAUCGGACAUGAUCCACACGACACCCGCAAUCUGGAGUACUUUGCAGCGCCGCGUCUGGGGCGAGUCCUGUCCAAGCCUCACCACAUCGCUCACUACCCGUACGCGCAGAAGUGUGCCCGGGACUGCUUGGCUCUGCCCGCCACAAAAUGCCUCAGCUUCAACUAUGACUACAGCGACGACGGGCGAUGCGAACUUCUGGAGGAGAUAGAGGGACAUGGCGUCGUCAUGUACACGGACGGUAUAUUCCACAACUUCGAACGCCUGGGUAUCGGCCAUGCCGUGAAGGUGGUUCACGAGGACUUGAGUCUGGUGCACGAUCACCUGUACUACUACAACCUGUUCCUCAACAACACCGUGGGCUACACGAACAUCCUGACGUCUACGCCUGUGAUAGCCGACUUCGUCCCGCCGUCCCCCGGUCCGCUGGCGAACGUCAGUCAUGACGUCACUGCUGCGGAAGUGUGUGAGGAGUUCGUACCUGACGAGUGGGAGGACAGAUGUGUGGAGCAGACACCUCUGCCCAACCACAGAGCCAUCACAGACGGAGAGGGGUCCAGGACUGUGUUCAACGGGAACAAGCCUCUGGAAGACCUGCGCUACUUCCGGCCAAACACUUACGUCACAGCCAAUUGGGACGGUUUCCACGACAAUGAGACGGGUAUUUUCGGGUACACGUGGACCGUAGGGACGGCCCACUGUCAGGAUGACGUCCACCCGCACAAGGACCCGCACUCUCACCUGUACGGGGAGGACGAGUGGACACACCAGGGGCUAGCUUACCCACUGGAUCUGGACGAUGGAUUCUACCACGUGUCCGUCCGGGCCUUGAACAAGAUUGAAUUCGGUGGCCCCUUAGCGACAACCGUGUGCCACAGCAACCCCUACGUCAUCGACACCACGCCUCCCUUCGUCAACCACGUCGAGCUCAUCAGCUAUGACGAGAACACCUACGAACUCAUCGUGGAGUACAACGUCAGCGACCCCCUGUCCAACAUCCGGGAGGUUGACAUCGGGCUGGGGAAGAGUCCCAGGGACGUGUUCAUCAAGGACUGGCAUCGCCAUGACAACCGGACCCACGUGAUCAUGUUCUUCCGCAUUCCGGACGGCAUCCCGACGUGGAUCAAAGUCAGGGCCAUCAACAACGUGGACCUGCGGGCAUCCGGCCAUUACCGCAGACCGCUGAUCGUGGACACGACUCCGCCCAUUCCGGGUACCGUACAUGACGGGGAGACGUACAGCAGGGACCGGGACUACCAGUCGGACGGCACCCGGGUCUGCGCCAGCUGGAAGGACUUCCACGAUGAGGAGAGCGGAAUAGGAUUUUACUUGUGGGGCGUGGGGACGGAAAUUGGCGUUGUCGACAUCGUCCCGUUCCGUGAGCUCCCCCACACGCAGCACGAGACCUGUGCCCAGCUGAACCAGACGCUGCAGCACGGCGUGACGUACUACACCACCCUGGUCGCCUUCAACAUGGGGCACGCCAUGAAGAACGUGUCGGUCUCCAGCGAUGGAGGUAACAGCAGUGCCGACACUUCUCCACACGUGAUCCACGAAGCGACCUCUGUUGGAAAAGAGGCGCACCGCAUCAACUGGCAUCACUUCCACCUGCACGACGGAGAUUUCGUGUAUGUCGUUGUAAACGUCUCUAACGGAGCCGGCGGGGUUGUAGUGACAGAGUCAGAUGGGUUCACCAUGGACACUACACCUCCACUCAUGCGCUUCAUUGGAGAUGGUAACCAGCAAUGGACGGACCUUCAGUACUCGCCCAGCAUCACGCAUCUCUCAGUGAACUGGGAGUUCGAAGAUCCCGAGUCAGGAAUCGACCACUACAAACUAGCCGUGUUCCAGCACCAUGGCGGAACUCGUCUGCAGAUCUACCCGGCAAAGAAGAACUCCUGGGUGACUGUUGACGGAAGCGCUGACGGUUGGACCAACAGCGACCCGCUGAAUCUUGUACCAGGCGCGCGGUACAAUGUGCGGGUGUCUGCAGUUAACGGUGCCGGGCUGACCACUACACACGACACGGACGGCAUCACCGUGGAUCCUACUCCACCUUCGAACCUGCACGUUGCCGUUGAUGUGAUGCCUGGAGAGCUGGAGGAGUUGCAUGAUGGGUACAUUCUACACAUGGACCUGUCCGCCAUCUUGGUGUCCUGGCGGGCCACAGACGGGGAGAGCAAGGUCAUGGCGUACUGGGCUGCUGUGGGGACGUCACCAGGUGCCACGGACGUCUUGCCGUUUGAAAACAUGGGAGCUGACAGAAGCGCCUACAUCAACAACCUGCAGCUGCAACUCUACGACGAGACCACCGGAUCUCCCGUGUACUAUGUGACGGUCAAGGCUCAGAAUGGAGCUGGGGCAUUUUCAACGGAGGUUGUUUCAAGCCCCAUUAAGGUAGUCCCCGGUGACAAGACGGGACUGGUAGUGGACGGACCCCACAUGACGGACAGUCAGGGCGAUGACGUAGCAACUGUAGAUGUCGACUAUCAACUACACACUGGGACUGUCACUGUGCGCUUCAAGGGUUUUGAGAGCGCGAGGCAUGGCAUUGUGCACUACGAGUGGGCAGUCGGCUCUGCACCGCUCCAGGAUGACGUCCAGUCCUAUUCUGCAGCAGGCAUCGUGCUGUAUGAUGACAACGCAAACAUGGAAGGAAUAAGCGGUGAAGGCCACGCACAAUCCUUGCUGCCCCUCCAGCCAGGCCAGCUCUACUACACAACCGUGCGGGCCAUCACAGGCGCCGGCAACGUGUUAGAGUCAGCGUCAGACGGCUUCACUGUCGACGUCACUCCUCCUCAGGUGGGCCUGCGCACAGUUGCCGUUUCCCCAAGUCUGACCGUGGACUCCACCCCGCCCGUAGCCGGUGACGUCAUCUGCCCACGUCACAUCCCGGGCACGGACGAGUUCCGGUGCAGCUGGCACGGUUUCCGGGACGACCAGAGCUACAUCAGCCACUUCCUGUUCGGCGUCGGUACGGAGGAGGGGGACGACUCAGUAUUCCCGUUCACCAGAGUGUCGGGAACUGCCGACAGGUUCAAGGCUAAAGGAUUCGCAGGGCAGUUUUUGCGUCACCAGGAAAGCUACUACGCCACAGUGAUCGCCUACAACGCUGUAGGAGGGAAAACAUCAGCCUACUCCGAGGCUAUCGUCAUCGACGCAACCCCGCCUGUUCCCGGGACUGUGGUGGAACUGGACAGCAUGUACCACGCUGACUUACAGGGAGAUGUCUCGGAUGGCAAAGCAAUGUGCGACAAUGAAGAAGACUGUGAGGAGAUGGAUGCCAUGUGCCAAGCCUCUGUCACUCAAGUUGCCGUUGCCUGGCAACCAUUCGUGGACCCAGAAACGCCAAUCACCAGGUACGAAGUUGCGGUUGGUACAGUACCGGGAGCAGCAGACCUUAAAAGCUUCCGCCAAGUUCCCGAUCCAGACGUUCGCUUCUUUGUUGUCAAGAACUUGGACCUCUCGGACAUCACACAGGUGUUUGUGACAGUGAGAGGACACAACGCGGCGGGGCUGUCCAGUGUGGCCGUGUCUAACGGAGUCUACAUCAGUAAGAUCAGUGCUGGGUUUCCUCCACUCACACCGCUGGUGGUGAACGAUGGGAGCUCCAGCCGAGGCGAUAUAGACUUCCAGAAUCACAACGAGGAGAUCAGCGCGCACUGGGACCUGAGCGGCGACCCCUGUCCCUCCGUGCGGACGGAGUGGUCUGUGGUCAGGCUGGACGGGGUUAAUAUCCUGCCGCUUACCGAGCUGUCCCCAGGUGCUGACCGUGCCACCUCUGAUGAGUUCGACCUCCGUGACGGUGAGACGUACUACACCGUUGUCAGGGCAACCAACCAGCUGGGCUACAGCUACUCCGUCAGGUCUGACGGCGUCACGGUCAGGCUGGAGCCUCUCGUUCCCGGGGUAGUGCGGGACGGCGCCAUCCUCGGGUUCGACCUGUCCCAUCAGCAGUCCGUGACGACGCUGUCGGCCAACUGGGACAGCUUCGGGAAGGAGUACGGCCUCGGGGACGACGCAGCUAUCAAUGGGGAAGCUGUUGAGAUAGGAGACCACCAAAUCAUCGACCAUUACGAGGUCGCGGUAGGGACAGACCGACGGUACCCAAGCACCCGUACCAACAUCCGACCGUUCACCAACGUCGGACAGAACAAGACCGUCACUUUUGAGUACCUUCAGCUCGUCCCGAGGACGGGCAUUUACUACGUCACGGUCCGGGCCGUCAGUCUCGCGUCAUCCACGACAGAAGUGACGUCAAACGGCAUCCGGGUGGGAUUCGGCGGUGACAUCAUAUCGCAUGGGGAGGUACAAGUACCAAGAUACAUCUCUUCCAACGCCAACAUCACGGUGGCCUGGAGUGAUUUUGAGUUCACCAUGCCCAUCCUCCUCUACCAGUGGGGCAUCACAUCCAACCGGACCGAACUGGACAGUAUGAACUGUCUAGACCUGCAAAACUUUGACGAGGAAGGGUACGCCGGUGUCAGCGAGGAGCACGCCCACCUGUUCGACAUCUACCCCCUGACGAAAGUGGGCAGGAACACCAUGGUUCAGUACGAGGGGUUGGAACUCGAACACGGUCACACGUAUCACGUGGUUGUCGUGGCAACGGACGAGGCUGCGCAGUGCGCCAUGGCCCUGGCUGACGUCACGAUUGACACCAGCCCUCCGGCGGAAGGACGUGUGUCUGUAGGAGCACCAGGAGAUAAGGACGUCAUGUACACCGCCAUGGCUGACCGGAUGGAAUUGUUAUGGGAUGGUUACCAUGACGACACGAGCGGCAUCGCCCGGUUCGAAGUCGCCCUGCUGUCAGGCGGCGACUGCGAAUCCAGUGAUGACGCGCGGCGCAACGUUGAAGUCGACUUCGUGCCCGUCGCUGCGAACGAGUCAUCCUACAUGUUUGUCGACAUUGAUUUGAAGGCUGACACCCCGUACUACGUGACCUUCCGUGCCAUCAACCGCGCGGACCUGGUGACGGAGUCCACCACUCCUCCCAUACUACUGGACCGGCUGGACCCGGUAGCUGGGGACGUCAAGGACGGGAUAGACUUCGAGACAGACGCCACUCACCAGAGCUCAUUGUCAGAAAUGAAAGGUGUGAUCAUACACCACCCUAACCCAGUGGGCGACCCCUGCCCCAAGAGGAGCUUCCCCAUGGAUGGCAUGCACGACAGCUGGUCAGCUCUGGAGACAACAGGGCUGUGGGGAGUGUCGAGGGAGAGACGGAUCGUGUUCGACCCUGAACACCUUUCGUUUGAUGAGGAAGAAGGCCUGUCAGUCCGGCUGACACGUGAUAUAGAGUACGAGAGGAUGAUGUCAGGAGCCUACUCUACAGACGUGGAUGGGAGCAGAACGGGACAGUACGAGCUGGACAUCAUUGCUGCCAGUGGGGAGCUGCAGGCCGUCACCAGUGUUGUGUUCUGGGGCGGACCGGAAGGGGUGGUCGGAGAUCACAACGAGAUGAGCCUGGAACAAGAAGAUGCUCUUUUCCCCAGCAUCAGUGAAAACUGCAGUUGCUGUCAACCAGGGAAUGAUACCACAGGAACUGCUGGGAAUGUUACAACGACUAAUGUAACAGUUUCAACGACUAAUGCAACAAACGACUGCAACUGCACGUGUGCUAGCCCUACCAGUGAACCACAAUACACAACUGAGGAACCCACGACCACGACUGACCCUCCCCCAGGGUGGUCCAUCGAGAAGGGUGAUACGGAAUGGGAAACGCACGAGACAGAACCCGAUUCACAUGGCUCGCCUUAUGCUUCGUGUGGACUACAGAUUCAUUCAGAAACCGCUGACAGUCCCAGCUAUAUUGGGCUGUGGUGUCGGUUUGCGAACGGGACCCAGUCAGAACAGGGAGAAACCGUAAAACUGGAUUUCGACCCGUCAGCUGCCUGGCACAAGUACACACUACAGUUCAUGGAGGAAAAGAUCUUUGCUACCAAGGUUGACAGAUCAGUACGAUUGUACAUCGACGGCCAGUUCAAGGCAGUUCUGACCGGCAUCCCCAUCCUAAGCCCGACAACCAAGCUGAUACUGACCACCUGGAACAAGCAUGACCAGAUUCCCGAGCUGGUGGACCCGUUUGAACCACCAACGACUACAUCCUCAUUCCGAUCUGUUAGCCUGUGUCUACAGGGGAGACCGUUCCGGAAUAGUGACCAUGCGGUGGUGCGGUUCGAGGCCGGUGUCGGGUCAGCCAAACUGCUGGACGAUGUUGCACCAUUCAGAGAGGUCUCUAAGCCAUGUAUCCCAUGCUCUGCGCGGUGCGAUGUGCUGGGUUGUGAUCCUGACUGUGACGAGGACCAGACAUACGUACACCAGAUCCACCUCACAGGACUAAACCUGCCGCCGCUGGUAUCUGUACCAGACUCCAACACUACCAUACAGGCUGUGUACUACCUCACUGUCAGGGCAGUGGCUGGUUCUGGCAGGGCAGCCAUUGCGUCAUCCAACGGAAUCUACAUCGACACGACCCCGCCGGUCAUCGAGAACCUCUUCCACGUGGAUCUGUCCUGGUCACCGGAUGAGCCCACUCGCUACCAGGGGGACAACAGCACCAUUGCUGUGUACUGGGAAGCCUAUGACAAAGAGAGCGAGGUAGUGGAGUGCCAAUGGGCAGUUGGCACAAGCCCAGGACAAACGGACGUCCAAAACUUCACAUCAGUCGGACCAGAUCAGAACUUAGUCUACAACAGCAGGUUAGAGGGAAAGCUUAGCAACAGACAGACUUAUUAUGUCACCGUGAGACUGGUCAACGGUGCUGGUCUGGUCAGCGAGAAAACUACAACUGGAGUGACAGUGUUGCUCGACCCUCCCAACACCAGUAGCAGUAACAUCACCACAUCCUGUGAACACACUGUGGAGACAAACUCCACAUUGGGAGGUGUGGACCUGUGUGGGGAUCAGGAGAAGAUUGACAUCGCCUGGACCAGGGUGGAGGACGACUCUGUCAAUAAUUAUGUGUUCAGUGUGGGGACAUCAGCAGACAGCCCCGGUGACAUCAUCCCGCAGACACAGGUGGGGUAUAACGAGUCGGGCUGGGUACAGGUCAUCCGGGGUGAGCUGGUGUUUGGGCGGUCAAAGGUCAACAUUUCCGACCUGCGCAGUCGUGAAGACGGGCCAAGUGUCAAAACACAUCAUAAGUUCCAUGUGGAACCUGGAAGGACACUGUUCACAAAACUGACUGCUUGUCAUGCCGGACAUAAGUGUGCAGACAUUGCCGUGAAGAAACGAACAAUACUGAGAUCCCAAGACAAGAUGCUGACUUUCAACAAUGGCUCUACUGAUGACAUAGAAUUGGACGAUGGGAACGAGUCUGAGAACUCAACAGUUAUCAUAGCAAAAUCUCAAGGUGAAGACAGCAGUGUCGUCAAGCCAGGAGCUGUUGGAGCUGGCAUCCUGACUGACAAUGAUGUUUCUAUGACGUACACUUCUGACAGACCUUUCAUCUCCAACCCUGCAUUUACAAUACACCAGACGGACAGAUUCCUUAAAAACAGGGUUAGGAAAGAGUACGGUCAAUCGUUCUUCGUGUCAUCUAUCGGAGGUGACGAGGUUGACGCGCCGUUAACAGUCACCGCAACUUUCGACGACUCUGCGCUACUGAGGAAUGAAAUACCAAGGGUGGUGUUCUGGGACCCAGAGUCUGAAAUAUGGAGAGAUGUCCAAGGAACCUGUACUGACGGUUCUGGAGCAGUGGAUUACAACCAGCAAGAGGGGCCGUUCACAGUAAAGCUUUGCUCUACCACAGCAGCACAAGGCCAUCGCAGACGCCGAAGCGUUCAGCGUUACUUCUCAGGCACGUCACAGCUCGCUGUCGUCAUCAUUAACGGCACCUUCCAGAAUGAACCGCCCGUCCUGCUGUCUCCACUCCGCAUGUCCAUGGGAGAGGAUGAGGGAACUCUGAUUACUCGACUCAUUGCCAAAGACCCAGAGGAUGAUGACCUAGUCUUCAUGCUGAAUGACCAACUGCAGGACUUCGGAGAUCUUGUCGAGCUGGACGAACAAGGCAUGCUGCGGUACAAACCAGCCCUGGACUUCUCCGGCUCCAGAGAGAUCCCUAUAACCAUCUCCGAGUCUCGCACAGAUGGCAACCCCCUCCUUUCAACCAAUGUGACCAUCAUCAUUGACGUUGGAGAAGAAAACGACACUCCUCAGCCGUUUGUGGUCCAUGAGGGAGAGGAGAAGCUACAGGGAGCAGGCAUCCUCCAUCUGGCUGUGGAAGAAAACCAUCCUGACAACGUCGACUUCGAGGUGUUGAGGUUCGUGGCAGGAUCUUUUGACGUUGACGCCCAAGAUACAAUGACACUGCACAUCAAGGCACCUUCUAACGGCACGAUUGUGGUCGGCAAGCACGUUAAGAAUAUCGCGUUCAAAGAAGCAAACUGUGCAUUGUCUGUGGAAGUAAAGAGAAGGGAAUGGGUAGAUGUGUUCAACAAGUCCUGGGCGGGCCCUGCCAUCCCCUACCCGUGUGAGAUAGCACUCCCGCACUCUGCUGACACCAUGAACUGGGCAGUUGCAGCGAUAACGUACACCCCAAACCAACACUUCUUUGGGGAGGACGCAGUAAAGAUAUAUGCCGAAGAUGCGUCGGGAGCGAGGUCCAAACUGGUGACUGUGGUUAUCCACGUCAUGGAAAACCGUUGCCUGAACGGUGGAAGGUGCGUUGGACCCCAGAGCGAUCCUGAUUGUGAAGACCAAGCUCGCAGUGACGGUUUCGACGACUACACAUGCAACUGCACGGUGGGGUUUGAGGGAAGGUACUGCGAGAUCAACCCCAAUGACUGCGUUCCCAAUCCGUGCCCAAAGAACUACACCUGCAUCGACCAAGUCAACAGUUAUGUCUGCCACUGUGAACCGGGCUGGCCCUGUGAUGGCCUGACGGUUUGGGAAAUCGUGGGCAUCACAGUCGGCUGUCUGGUGGCCCUGAUCAUCCUCAUUGUCAUCUUCAAGGUGUGGAAGAAGAGAAAGGACGAAGCACUUAAAGUCAGUCAGAGCCCGACAGGAAGCCAGGAUUCUCUUCAUCUUGGUGGGUUAGUGACACCACCUGACGCGAUCCUGAACCCAGCGUAUGAGACCAUGAACGUUGCUGACGGACGGAUGAACUUCAACAACGUCAAGAAGGUCUGGCAGCAGGUAGAGGAGGUGCAGUUCCGUCACGUGGAACUUCAGGAUGAAGCACGUGCUCCUGUGAACAAGAAGCUGGAGCCGCAACUGCCACAACUGGUGCUCCCCCCAGCGGCUACAGGCAGAACUGCACCCGAUGCCUCGGGAGAGUUCAUCAGCCUGCCUGGAACACCUGAAUACUAAGUAGCACCUGAGCGCAAAACGGACCCCUGAUGAUGACAUUUCUGUACUUUUGUCAAAUGAUGCAUGAUGCAUAUAUGUGUAGUAUGUAUAGUUGGCUCGUAGUUUUGAUUCAGUGAUUUUGUUUUCAAUUAGAAAGUUUGGGACACAUAAUUCCGAUAAGCAGCAAAGAAGAUGCUAAAUAUUGCCGUAAUGUGCUUUCGUAUCAGCAUUCUAUAGUAUAGCCAACAUAAUUUGAUGUGUAUGGCAAUUUUCUUGCUUCUAGACUUAUCCGAAAUCAUAAAAUAUGUACUAGCUUAAAUUGGAAAGCACUUACCCACUAGCUGAUUAGAUGGCUUAAACAUUAAGCUUUAAUAAGUUACCCAAGAGAUUUAUAUUAAGCUAAGACCUGGCAAAGAAACAGCUCAUGUAAUGAUCUCUAUCAUAUCUACUUCAGACACAACACUGAUAAGCAACAUCAGCAGUAAAAAUAGUACUUAGUACAUCUGUGAUAAGAUACAAGCUCUUAAGAAUCUUCAUAAACUGGCAUUGUGGUGUUUCAUUUUCAGGCUGUGGGUGUUACAAUAAUUCAAUUCUGAAUAAAUCACUCUUGCUUUGGUGUGUCU